GAAAGGUCUCACAUUGACCGUCCUGGGCUCUGUUCCUUCCCCCUCCCUCCACUGUGUCACAGCUUCAAAACAACUAACACCAUCCCCCUAGGCACCAUGGGCAUCGCAAUAAUGGGCGGCGUGAUGUCCUCCCUCGCCUCUGCCAAAGUCCAAUCCUCCCUCUCCACCUCAGAUACCCCCUCAGACACCCCCAACCUCACCAACUUCAUCGCCUGCGACGCCUGGGCGCCGGCCGAAGAAAAAGUAAAAGCCGCCCUAGGCCACUACAACUUCCCGCUCAAGACCCUCACAAACGACAACCUAACGGGCGCCCGCGAAGGCGACAUCAUCCUGCUCUCCUGCAAACCCCACGGCGUAAAGGACAUUUUAAGCGAACCCGGCAUGCGCGACGCGCUACACGGGAAGAUCCUCGUCAGCAUCCUCGCGGGCGUGACGCAGGAACAGCUCGAGGCGGCGCUGUAUAGCGAUGGAAAAGGGGUGCCAGAGGGUGGAUGUAGGAUUGUUAGGGUGAUGCCGAAUACGGCGUCGUUUGUGAGGGAGUCGAUGAGUGUUAUUCAGAAGACUACGCCGCCUCUUGAACCGUCCCAACUUAACCUCGUGAGAUUUAUCUUCUCGUCGAUUGGACGUGUGGUGGAACUACCUCCAGCGCAGAUGGACGUCAGCACCGCGCUUUGCGGGUCUGGUCCUGCGUUCUUUGCGCUCAUUUUGGAGGCUGCUGCUGAUGGUGCUGUGGCGAUGGGUUUGCCGCGUGCGGAGGCGCAGAUGAUGGCUGCGCAGACGAUGCGUGGAACCACUGGCUUAGUCCUCGAGGGCGGCGAGCAUCCUGGUGUGUUGAGGGAUAAGGUCAGCACGCCUGGCGGAUGCACGAUCGGAGGGUUGUUGGUACUAGAGGAAGGAGCCGUGAGAGGGGCUGUUAGCAGAGCUAUUCGUGAAGCUACAGUUGUUGCGAGCCAGCUUGGACAAGGAGCGAAGAACGUUAACGGAACGAGGCAUUAG